CAGCAACACCGCCAUUUGUUUACAUCCUCGGCUUCUCCAAAAAAGUCAAGGCGGAGGCCGUGUUAUUCUUCUUAUUUUACGAGUUGUGUGGAAAGCAGGGCAGAGAUGGGUGACGAGGAAAUUAUUAGGCGUCGGUUGAUGAUUGACGGAGAUGGGACUGGAGAUGCUCGUGUGAUGAUGAUGUUUAUGAAGUCCUUUAUCAAGUGGUGCUCUACAGAUGAUUCUCCACAGGAAUGCCAGAACCAGUUUGACCGUCUCCUAACACAGCUAGCGUCCAUAGAACAUUCUUCACUUAAAUGGAAGGCAAUCGUUGGCAUGAAUCAGGAGGAGAUAAAACAUUAUGAACUGCUAAGAGAUGAAACCAGCAGAAGUGUUGAAGAUGCCUAUGUAGCUAUUGGUAUUGCCAAACAAGAAUUAGAAGAAGCCAGGCAGGUACGACGGAACAGGCUAGAGUACGAUGCUUUGGCAAGACUAAUCAAGGAACACCCACCACGUUCAGACACCGCUAAUAAAUUGGCACACCUUACACAGCACCUGCAUUCUCUCAAGUCAAAGAGAGACCAGCUGGAGGAGAAGUUGAGCCUGAGACGCAAGCAGCUGCACGUCCUGGUGACUGCCCUCCACCAGCUCCAGCAAACACUCCUGUAUGACAACUCGCCAUCCCAAGACGAGGAGCCGACCCUUGUUGACGAGAUCAUAGACUUAACCAAAGCACCGGCCACUAUAGAUCUGACUGGUUCUGGGGCCGCCAUGGAUACGUCAUAGGCUGGAGGGGUUGGUUCAGGCAGAAUGAAGAUGAUCAUUUUUCAUGUUGCAGUGUCUGUCCUCAGUCAUUGUUAUUAUUAUUUAGACUUUAUGCACGUGAGUGAAGUGUUGAAUGAAAUAUAAUUAAACACAUUUUUAGUAAAUAAAACUAAUUGUUUAAA